AUGCAGCCAGUGCCUGAACUUCUUCCCACGCCACUACCUCCUCCACCAACUAUUGCUCCACCGCCACCACCGGCACCGGUGACGAUUCCAUCGCAACCAGUGCAGCAACCUUCUCCUGUGCAACUGCAACCGAUGGUGGUAUCGCUCAUGCAGGCGUGCUGUGCGCCAACUGCUGCUCCGACCGUAGAGCAACCUAUGGUAGUGCCACCAUCACCGAUUACUGCUGCUCCUCCUCCACCGCCACCUCCUCCAAUGACGUUGCCACCAUCAGCGCCACUACCACCACCACCUGCGCCAGUAGCGCCAGAGCCCCAGCCCCAACUAGAACAGCCUCAACCCCAAGUAGAACAGCCUGUACCCAAAGAGACGCCCAAAAUUAUUGUGAUACAGGUGCCACAGAUGCCUUGUCAAAGCCUGAUGGGAGGAGGAUGCGGUUGUAACAGUGGCUACUCACAGUGUGGAGGAAUGUGUUGUUUGAAGAAGAAGCUUUAA